AUGCGCUAUAACGCGGACGAAGGCCGGUUCCUUAAACGAAACGACAUCCCCAGCCUUCCGGCGCAAGAGGGCGCCAUAACGACAGUGGAUGCGCAGAGGCGGCUGCUGGCGUGGGCGCUGCUCGACCGCGACAACCACUUCUUCCUCUUUCUCCACCACACCGCCAUCCCCAUUCAGAGCUUCAGCCACAUCUACUCGUCGCUGCUGCACUCGCGCCACUCCUUCGUCGCCAUGGCGGAUGAUCCGACGGCCUAUCCGCGCGGGCUGGCUCCGCUGGUUCCGCAGCACAAGUUCGCGCGGAGCUCCAAGUGGGUGGCGGUGAACCGGCCGCAUGCAACGGCCAUCGUGGCAGACAGCAUGUUCUACCGCGCCUUCAAGCUGCACUGCCCCGGCACAGCAGCAGCAUCGAACACCACCAAGAGUGGGGCGCCCUCUGCUUCCUCACCUGCAGCACACUCACCAGCAUGCCGACCGGACGAGCAUUACAUCGCCACUUUCCUCAGGACAGUAGACCCCGAUGGAGUCGCCAACUUCACCAUCACCCACGAGCCGCACAUGACCGCUGCUGCUGCUGUGCACGCUCGCAUGCGGGCAGAGGCACUGCAGCGCAUGCGCAAGCGGCGGCAGCAGCAGCGGCGAGAGGAGGGCGACAUGAGGCGCGCAGGAGUAGCAGAGGGGCAGGGAGGGGAUGAUGGGGUGUGGCAGGGGCGGAGGGGGGUGCUUGAGCGGGUGGGGGAGUGGGAGGAGGUGGAGUACGGUGCUAUGAACAUCACUUCGAGAGCCCCACAACCUGUCGGUGGAAUGGCCAUCCCAAGCCGUGCUUCAUAUUUGCUCAGCCAUUUCGACCAGACUCUGCGGAUGAGAUCAUGA